CUGAAAAUGGUCGCUUGUGUAUUUAGACUGCUGCUGUCAUUCGUGCCAAUGGUUUGAUAUGAACCACUGCUAUCAAACGCCUGUCCUUUAGUUCUUUCUCACUUUAAACUUUUAAAAGUCAAAUUAAUUGCCUUCUUUCUGUUAAGAGUCGAGAAGCAGAAAUGUCUGACAACGGCGUAUCAGCUGUCGGCCUUCUAUCCUAUGAAACUCUCGUACACGCGGUGGCAGGCGCAAUGGGUAGCAUGACGGCGAUGACUGUGUUCUUCCCUUUGGACACAGCCAGAAUCAGACUGCAGGUGGAUGAAAACCGAAAGUCCAAAUCCACCCCUGUCAUUCUGGCUGAGAUAGCAAAGGAAGAAGGAAUAAUGGCUCUCUAUCGUGGCUGGUUUCCUGUAAUCUCUAGUCUGUGCUGUUCUAACUUUGUCUACUUCUACACUUUCAACUCAUUAAAGCGAAUCAUGGUCACAAGCAAAGGGCAAUCCAGACCUGCCAAAGACCUCGUCAUGGGCUUCAUUGCAGGAGCUGUGAACGUGCUCCUGACCACACCCAUGUGGGUGGUGAAUACUCGGCUGAAGUUGCAGGGAGCAAAAUUCCGGAAUGAAGACCUCCACCAGACCCACUACAAAGGCAUUUUUGAUGCGUUUUCCCAGAUCAUAGCAAACGAGGGAGUGGGGACACUGUGGAAUGGUACGCUUCCUUCCCUGGUGCUAGUGUUUAAUCCAGCCGUGCAGUUCAUGUUCUACGAGGGCAUGAAGAGGAGGCUGGGACGAGGUGGAAGGAGGAUUUCAUCACUGAAGAUCUUCUUCAUCGGUGCCAUUGCAAAAGCUAUUGCAACAUCUGCCACAUAUCCACUGCAGACAGUUCAGGCCAUACUGAGAUUCGGCCAAUACAAGUCACAAGAGAACGGGGGUUUCCUGGGUAGUGUGCGCAGUGUGCUGUCCUUACUAAUGGACAGGAUCAAGCGGAACGGCGUGCUUGGAUUGUACAAGGGUCUGGAGGCCAAGCUCCUCCAGACAGUGCUGACGGCAGCCCUCAUGUUUGUGGUCUAUGAGAAGAUUGCUGCAGCCACUUUCAAACUGAUGGGCCUCAGUAAGAAGCUGAAGCAUUAAGAGCCAAGGCAUGAGGAGUCCUGAACCUAACAAGAUGCUUCCUUACUACCUCUAACCUCACUCAGGCAGGUGCCUUAUCCUAACCAUCCACCCUGUGCUGAUGUAGGUCAAUCUAGGUAUGGCUUUGGUAGAUCUGCAUCUUAUUAGUCAUUACUCAAAUGUCUUUUUGGUUUCUUAGUUUUGGGGUUUUAUCUUUUACUGUGAAAUGUCAAAGUUGAGAUGACAGAUAUCGAUUAUGCAUCCUUAACAUGUUACAGAAAAGAAACCAGUCUCUCGUCCCACUGUAGGGCUGAAAGGUUCAGAGUAUGGAUAGCAAGUAUUUAACCAUUCCAGCUGCAUUUCCACAUGCACAAAAUUUGGCACAGAACACAUACAAACUUUUCUCAGCACAUUAGCUAACUGUGCUCAGAGCCACAGAACAGUUUGGGUAGGAUGGCUUAAAGAACCAGUAUGUAACACCGACAUGUUUUAAAAUGGGCAAAGCAGUCAAAAUUCAAAUGUUUGGAGAGCAUUGUCUACCCCCACCCUCUCCUCUAUGGACUCGGAGCUCAUGUGGGUUGCCAGGUUGAGGACACUGAACCUAAACAUACAAACAUGCAUUAAACUCUGACAAAGGCAAGGGACUUCCUACAAUGUAAGCUGAUCAGCUAAUCUAUAAAUCUGCAACUGCAGCCAAGGUAAUAAACAACCAUAGCCGUCCAAAUAGUCAUGAUGGUACCGUUCCUCUUUCUAACAAUUCAUCCAAGCGGCAGAUGGCCGCUUCUCCACGUUGCCUUAUAGCAUCUAACGGGAGUGUGUGUUAGCAUGGUGUUAGCCAGUGCUAGUCAGGAUCACGUCACUGGCUGUGACUCAAAUACUCACUGCUGUGAUAACCCAGCUGCACACCACAGAGUAUGAAUGAGUAUUCAAAUGAUUACUAUCCCUAUUAGUAGCCAUGACUGAUUAGUUAAGGCUAGCUAACCUUACCUGAGCUCAGUGCUAACCUCUUUAAGAGAACAUUAGCCAUUGUGGCAACGUGGUUGUUAAGAGACUGGAUAAUGGGCAGUGGGCUGGAACACAGACUUGCUGCUCCGUAACAGAAAUUACAAAGAACAUACUGGCUGUGGCACUGUUGACUGAGAAACCUGUUUCAAUUUAGCAUGUUUCCUUUAUCUCUGGUGACGCAUCAUGGCCAUUUUAUGAUGUAAAUAUGUUACAUAUUGCAACACAUUGUUCCUUUAAUGACAAAGGGUUCACAAAUUGGCUCUACACAAAUAAACGUAAGCCUCUGUGUUGCCUUCUUUCUCGUCACGUUUGGCACUUGAAUAUGUCCUGUGCAAAAAAAGAAUCGGUCCAAAAAACUUCAAAUUAUCCAUCUCAACCAGAAAUGUUUUUCAGUGAAAUAACGAGAUGAGAACCUCUUGCCACAAAUAUCCCAGCCCUAAUUUAACAAGAACUCUUGGAAAAUAAAUCGCAACUGGUCUCAGGACUCCCAUGGACUUAGCAACUGUAUGGCCUUAAACUGGAUAGUCAUUUAUCAUAGUUUUGACAUUCAUUUUUUAAAAUUCAGUCAAACUUAAUUUUUUAAUAUUUAUUUUGCCAUUUUUAAUCAAAUGCAUAUUCUACAAUUGUUUUUAAACUUGAUAAUUUAAAAAUGUUUAGUGUUUCAUAAUCCGUAUACAGAAAUUUAAACUGCUUUAUUGUAGGAGGUGUGAGACCACUGUAUCCAGUCCUUACUUGAGCCUCACUACUUGUGAAAGGGGAGAUGAUUAUAUUUCCUCGAAGAUGAGCAAGUGGUAGUUAACAGCUGCACUGACUAAUUUUUAGUGUCUACAAUAAUUAAUAUUUACAUGACUUUUUAAUUCAAGAGAAUGGAACAGUAGGCUCUUAAGCCUUUUUCAUCCAGAUGACCAGUUGCAUUUAUACAAGCCUUGGCUGAUUAUUCUAAAUGCAUGAUGGGUAUUGCAACUGUACAGUAGUUUAUGAACUUGUCAGUGUGAACUAGCUAAAAUAAUUAAUGCAAUAGAUUUUUUUUGCACUUUAUGUUUUCAAAGUGAAAAGUAUUUUCAGUUGAUGUAUACAUUAAAUGCAUUUUGCCGUAAUGGCAGUAGACAUAAAAUUCAGCUGAAAGCAAGACCACGGUUACUGAAUUAUCAGUACAUAACUUACCCCUUCCAACAGAAUGACACAUACAUUGUCUCAAGUCCUAACUAUGUUUCAUUGAAGCUGUAACUAGUCAGACUUCAUACAACAUUAAAGCGAUUUAUAUCUAAACACAUAGUUGCACACAUCAAAUGAUCUUUUUAAUACUAAUUUACUUGAAUGUUUACUUCCUUUGGGCAAUGUGAAAUGAAAUCAUAUUAAUUGUAAUAAAAUGUAGUUUGACAACUUUU